AUGAACCAUUUCGGCUUUCGACAAGACCCGCCUAUUAAUUGGUGCAGAGAACUGCGAUGGCGGCAACCCCCCUCCCCCGAUGUUGUGGCUCUGGUAUCAUAUCCAGGCAGUGGAAACACAUGGCUGCGAUAUCUUUUACAACAGGUCACAGGCAUGGUAACAGGUUCUAUAUACAUGGACUAUGGUUUGCGAAUGCACGGAUUUCCCGCUGAGAAUGUAACGGAUGGCUCGGUACUCGUAGUAAAGACCCAUGAAGCACCGCCUGUGGAACCAGAUAAAUUCAAAUCUGCCAUAUUGUUGAUAAGGAACCCCAGAGAUGCUAUUUUGUUUAUGUUUGCAGCUGCCGACUUUAAUAGACUACACAAGGGUCAUAUUGGCACAGCACCUAAAUCAGCAUUCAAGAAGAAAUAUCAUCAACACAAAAAAUCAGACUGGGCGACGUACGUAUCAACACAGCUGAUGGUGUGGGAGACACUCCACCAGCUUUGGCUCACCAAGUACGCGGGGCCCGUGCAUAUCGUGUUCUAUGAAGUGUUGGUACGGAACACUAAGGACUCGUUACAAGGCAUGUUGGACUUCUUGAAUCAAACGGUUACCGAGGCGGAUAUGAACUGCGCUAUAGCGAACAAAGAAGGUAUUUAUCGUCGGAAGAAGAAACAUCAGGAUUUUGAUCCAUUCAGUACAGAGAUGUACAAGGCAUUAGACCAGGUCAGAAAUAAAGUUCUAGGUAUGGUCAGGGACUAUAAGAAGAAACACAGCCACGGCGGUCCUUUGACAAAAUUAGAAAUGAAUAAAAUUGUGUAA